AUGGGGUCGGGCGCUUCAGAGCUGGCUACUGACGUACCAGGAUCAGACCUGCAUCUCCCAUCGUCAGGAUUGCGGUUCUCCGCCCAACAAGUAAGGUCCCUUAACUCAUACGUGGACACGCUUUAUGAGGAGGAUUUAAAUGGACGAAUGUCAGUGGAGACAGAAUGUGCUGUAGAGAGCUUAGUGCAGAGGAUAGUGGAUGGCGCUGGGCAGAGAGAUCCGCGCUUCCGUUGCUGUCAUCUCAUAGCAUUACAUAGGGAUAAGAAGAUGCGUUCCCGAUCUCUAGAAUAUUUGGUGACACUAGAUUCUCUGCCGAUUCUGAACACAGUCAGCGACGAGUGCCGUUUACAAGAGGGUCCAGUCGGCUACGGAAAAAUCAGACUGACCGGACGUGAAGCCGACAAGUGGUCCGAAUUCCUCACUCCUACUGGCUAUUUGAACAGGGACAAGGUGGUGGAGCGCUGGGUGGAGCUGGUGGCGCGCUGUGCGCAGGCGCGCGGCGGGGGCGCGUCGCGCGCGCUGGGCGCCCGCGCCGCCGCGCGCGCCGUGCCGCUCGCCUACUGCUACCUCGAGCGCGUCAGCCAGCAAGUGACCGCGGAGCACCGACUGGCCAUCGUGGAGGGCGCGGCGUGGGUGCGGGUGCGGGUGGGCGCGGGGCGCGCGGAGGCCAAGCUCGUGCUGGGCGCGCGCGCGGGCGGCUGCAGCGCGCACGCCUACGCCACGCGCGUGCCGCUCACGCACCCGCUCGCCCUGCUGCACUACACGGCCGCGCAGGCGGAUUAUUACGCAGCUGCAGUCGCACCGCCGCCGUCGAUAGUCAGUGCCGAUCGAGCUUCGACAUGGCAGCUGUGGCAUCCCAUCCUGGAAGCCACUUUGGACGGCCAUAACUCCCCCGAUUCUUCCAUUGCUAGAGUCGCGGGAGCCCUGAACAGCAUGAUUGACAAAAUGAGAGAAGGAUGCUUCCAGGGCGCCGCGCACCUGCUGAGCCGGCACGCGGCGUGGUGCGCGCUGCGUCGGCGCGUCGAGCGCGUGGCGGCGCGGGGCGGCGCGGAGCGAUUCUUUUUGUGCGCCCACAUCGCGCACCACCUGCUGCUCGUGCUGGACGACCUGCUCCACUUGUGCGAGCACGGCGGCGUGUCGGGCUUCGUGUUCGCGGUGGAGCGCAACGGCGCGGCGCGGCGCGGGGCGCGCGCGCACUCGUGGGCGGGCGACGCGCUCGCGCUGCGCCACGCGCUGCAGUAUCUGCGCCGCCUGGCCGUGGGCGAGGACGUGCCGCAGUCGCCGGCCGAGCGCCUGGAGACGGCGCUGUGCGGCCGCUGGGCGGCGGCGUGGCGGGCGGGCGCGGGGCCGCGGGGCGCGGGGGCGGCGCCGCCGGCCGCCGUGCUGCGGUACCUCGCCGCCGCCACGCAAGAGCUGCUCGCGUGCAAGAAUAUGGUGUCUUACGAACACCACAAUUCGUUCCGUGCGAACCUCCUCCAAGCCACGUCCCUCCACCAGGAGCACGUGGAAGAUCUGGUCCAUAUCCUGGCGAUAAUGUUGGACCAGGCGCGGGACGCCUACCUCUCAAAACUCCAACACAGUCUCUCUCUGGACAAGGAACUUGCGUCCUACAGGGCGAGGAAAUGGAACAAGCUGAAGGACUACUACGACGCGUCGUCCGCGUGCCUCAUCGACGCCGCGCGCCGCGCCGCCGCGCCGCACGCGCCGCACGCGCGCCGCCUGCUGGCCGACGUGCUGCGCUGGCUCUACCGAGGCGCCAAAGAAGACAAGAAAUACCUCGGACCGGUUCUAAAACCAUAUCUGAACGAUCUCUAUAACACCGCUUUGGAGAACUCCUGGUUUUUGGAAGAUUUCGAGGAUAAAAAGUGUCUGGGGGAGUUUGAAGGAUUGAAAUCGUACUGCCUCAGCGUUCACGAGGGGUCGGACCCCUGUCUGGGGUUGCUCGAUGCUGCGAAGAAGUUCGCGUGGGCGAAGGCUUUGGUGGACGUCUUGGACCGAUAUCGUCAUUUUGAGUUCCGCCUGGUGUUCCCGACGGGAGACGGGCUGGCGCUGUCGCACGGCGCGCGGCUGCCGCGGCGCGCGCGCGCGCUCACGCUGAGCCGCCGCGACAAGGCCGACGCCAAGCUGCGGCUGGCCACUCGAUGCGUGCUGGCGGCGUUCAACUCCACCCUCACAUGGUUUUCGGGGAUUAUGUUUUAUACUACAGAAGAAAUUCUCACGAGUGUUAAACAUGGUAACUUUUGGAGGAAUACUACAAAACCCGACGUCAUUCCGUCGACUUCGAACACCAACACUUUAGAUCAACCCAAGGUUAGGCGAAGAUCAAGAAGGAGCAGACCGGCUACAUCCCAUGGGUUUCCGGAAAUCACCAUCACAAAUCAGUCCGACACCAAAACUUUAAGGCGAAAAUAUCACACAUUGAAGAGCUUGGUUUACAAGGAGCCCGUGGAAAGUAUCAAGGAACUGCGCGAGAGACCGAGGUCUGCCGGGUCUACCGUGAGGGCUAAAGAACAUUUGAGUAGGCCGACGAUACUAGAAACCUUGGACUUUAUCAAUGGUGUAAAAGACUCGUUUUGCGUGGAGGAGUCGGGCGGCUCGGAGGCGGAGGAGAGCGCGUGGGCGGCGCGCGACGAGUGCGUGGUGUGGCGCGCGAGCCCGCUGGGAGGCGCGGGCGCGCGCUGCGGCGGCGCGCUGCACGCCGCGCUCGGGGACCUCGCGCCCGCGCUGCUCGCGCGCCGCGCCUUCUCCGUGCUGCAGGAGCUGUGCGCGCUCACCGCCAACAGCGAGGGCGCGCUGUUCGCGCUGCACCGCCUCGCGCGCGCCGCACGGGCGCGCUCCGCCGACUCGCGCCGUACUUGGAGACUCCCAGACACGGAAGAGUCAGCGCAGGAGGCGCCGCAGGUAUACCGACCGAGGCCCCCGGACUACGUGUCCGGAGACGAGGCUCCACAGCCGCCGCCGCUGCCGCGACACAGUAACGACAAGCAGCCAAAGCAACAUUCAGAUUUUGUGCCGCAGUCCCGUCUGGAGACAUUGCAGGCUGACAUGGAUCAAUUGCAGCUGAUCUCAUCCAAACUCUCCCUCCAAAGCUUGACCCAAAACCCGAACCACUGCACGGGCAUCAUUAAUCCCAUUUACGACAUAAAAAUGCCGAGAGAUAAAUUUACCGUCAAGCGAACCAAGUCGUUAGGCAGGAGCUUCAGUUCUAGGAAUCUAGGCAUAGAAAUAACUAGGUAUAAUUUAAGUCUAGGCCAGAGACACGGGAAAAGGACGAACGAUGUUGUCACAGCUAUUAACGGCACCACGGGCGAGACGGGUUUGGAAUUUAGGAAUAAUUUUUUCCAUAAAAAUUGCGUCUCCAACGUUGUCGGUGAUUCGUAUAGAAUAAGUAGAGUUACUAUCGACUAA